GCCACCCUAAAACCCUUCCUCUUUUUCCUCUGUUUCUCCCGUUUGAAAUCCCUAAAGUCACAGUCGGCUUCCUCCAGGUUUGAGCGCUUGGAGGUGUUCGUGUCACUUCGUUCGGGCAGAAGCUCAGUAUAUAGCUGUUCUUGGAAGCCGAGGCUACAUCAACUCAAGCUGCUGCUAUUUGCGGUUUCUUUAAGCUAUUAUUCAAACAGCUGUGAUGGUUGCUGCUGCACUUAAUAAGAAAAAGAGCGGCAAGCCACAUAAGGCACCAUCGAAAAAGAAGCAGAAAACUGAUAUUUUCACAGGCAAACGUUCCAAAAAGGCUGAUAUUCAGGAUGAUUCUGAUGUGUUAAGUGAGGAAGAAUUAAAGGAGCAUGGAGAGUUUAAUGGAGAAGAAGAGGAAGGGUCUGAUUCUGGAUCUGGUUCUGAACUUUUUUCUGAUGGAGAUGAUCCCCUGGCAGAUGAUUUCCUCCAGGGAAGCGAAGAUGAAGAGCAUGAUUUGGGUUCAGGUUCAGGUUCAGGUUCAGCUUCGGGUUCAGAUUUGGAUUCAGAUUCGGAUUCAGAUGAAUCUGAUAUUGAGGCAAAGUCUAGGGCUAUUGAUGAACAAAGAGCGAGGGAACAAGAAGAGGCUGAAGCUGAAAUGCAACUGAAUAUUAAAGAGGAAUCUGAUGAGUUUAGAUUGCCAACCAAGGAGGAACUUGAAGAAGAGGCACGUCAGCCCCCAGAUCUUUCGAAUCUCCAAAGGAGGAUAAGAGAGAUUGUUCGAGUGCUUUCAAAUUUUAAGGAAUUGAAACAGGAAGGAACCACGAGGAAGGAUUACACUGAGCAGCUGAAGAUGGAUUUGGCAUCGUAUUAUGGAUAUAAUGAAUUUCUUAUUGGAGUUUUGGUCGAGAUGUUUCCUGUGGUUGAGCUUAUGGAACUUAUUGAAGCUUUUGAAAAGCCUCGACCUAUAUGUUUACGGACGAACACUUUGAAGACUCGAAGACGGGAUCUGGCUGAUGUCCUCUUGAACAGAGGAGUUAAUCUCGAUCCAUUAAGCAAGUGGUCAAAAGUAGGACUUGUGGUAUAUGAUUCUCAAGUGCCAAUUGGUGCCACUCCUGAAUAUAUGGCUGGUUUUUACAUGCUGCAAAGUGCAAGUUCUUUUCUGCCAGUGAUGGCCCUUGCUCCUCAAGAAAAGGAACGGAUUGUUGAUAUGGCUGCUGCACCUGGUGGUAAAACAACUUAUAUUGCUGCCCUUAUGAAGAAUAGUGGCAUACUAUUUGCAAAUGAAAUGAAGGUGCCCCGGCUUAAGUCACUCACUGCAAAUUUGCAUCGUAUGGGAGUGACAAACACUAUAGUUUGUAACUAUGAUGGGAGGGAGCUGCCUAAGGUUUUAGGUCAGAACACAGUUGAUAGAGUAUUGUUGGAUGCCCCUUGCAGUGGAACUGGGGUUAUAUCUAAAGAUGAGUCUGUUAAAACUUCUAAAAGCCUUGAAGAUAUACAGAAAAGUGCUCUUCUGCAGAAGCAACUGAUACUUGCAGCAAUUGAUAUGGUGGAUGCCAAUUCUAAAUCAGGGGGAUUCAUUGUUUACUCCACAUGCUCUAUAAUGAUACCUGAGAAUGAAGCAGUAAUUGAUUAUGCGCUCCGAAAGAGGGAUGUUAAACUUGUGCCAUGUGGACUUGAUUUUGGUCGUCCAGGCUUUAUCCGCUUUAGGGAACAUCGCUUCCAUCCGUCUUUAGAGAAGACAAGGCGUUUCUAUCCUCACGUUCAUAACAUGGAUGGAUUCUUUGUUGCUAAGUUGAAGAAAAUGAGCAAUGCGAAGCCCAUCCCUUCACCUUCUGAUCCCGUGGAAACAGUAGAGCAGGCUUCCAACCCAAACGAAAGUAUUAAACAAGAAAACCCGGGCUUGAAUAACUCUCCUACUGAAAAUGGGAGAUCCAACUCAAAUAAGAGCACAGAAGAAAGAAGGAAGGGUCCAAAGAAUGUAUCUACCAAAAGUCUGCCUACCAAGCGGAAACAUAGCACCAAGGGAAAGAAAAUGCGCUUAAAGAACCACCCUCCUAGUGUAAAUGAGAAUUCAAAGGCCUCAUCUAGUACCAAAGAGAGAAAGAAAAGGAAAUUUCCAUCUAGGGAAGAAAUAUCUAAAGCAAGAGAAGAGAAAAGAAGAACUUUGAGGGAUGAUGGUAAGAAGGCGAGGAAAAGCUAACCGAGUAAACAAUGUCAGAAACCGGCGAAACUUGGUUUUCCCAUUACAGUGACUAAAUAUGGGGAAGAAGAAAUCAACCUUAAAAUGUUUUAGUCACUUCAAUUUUAUAUGUCUGUAAUAUUAUUUCACUCUAGUGUAACUCGAAAAAGUCUAAAAAGGGCUCUGACUAUCCCUCUACCUCAUGAUCGGAGGAAGUUGGAGAAAGUUUUGUUUUCUUUUCUUUUAAUUACUUAAAAACAAUUAUGUCAUUUUUAUUCCCUUACAGGCGUCUUGUUUGGAUGGAGGAUUAGGAAAUUAAUAUUUUGUUUUGCCUA